AUAUCUCGUGUGGGCUGACCCUCAAAUCUAGAAAAACUUGAAUUGAAUAACUCCUCAUUCAACAACGCUCCGCUCUGAAACCUCUGAUCCGAUAGUUUAGUCACAAAAAUUGCAUGUGUACGCCCUUUUGCUUAGCCAUCCUUCUUUAAUGCAUCACAAGAGAAGAGAGAGAGAGAGAGGGAGGGCCCCCACCAAUUCCUUUGUUUUUCUUUUCCUUUUUAAGUUUUUUUCAGUUACCUUUAUUUAUUUUGAUUGUUUUUAGAAGAUUUUCAGUUACUUUAUUUAAACGGGAAUAGAGUAAAAACAUUUGAUGUGAACCUCAUCCUCCCAAUAUAAAUACAGCCCCACUCCCACCCGUCUUGCUCUUUUAUAAUCUGAGACGUUUUUCCCAUCAUAGCUCUUGCCUUUCUCCCUCAAUUCACCAGACUUGGAUUCGAUACAAAUCAUAUUCAUGGCCAUUCAAGCACACUUGUUUUCGGAGAAUCUAGGUUUUCCGCUCGGAAAUUCUCAGGAUAAUUUGUUGGUGGAAAAUGGUUGUGGAUUCGAUAAUCUGUGUUUCGCCCCCCAACAAUUCAUUCAGUUGGAUCAGUUUCAGAAUUCGUUAGUUGAUAACAACGCUCAAUUUCAUCAACACCAAUUUAUGACCUUUUCGCAGAGCGUUUCGUCGCAUAUCGAGAGGCAGAGGUUCGAAUUCGACAACUUCGUUAAUUUACAGAAUGAGAGAUUGAGAAUGGCAAUGCAAGAACAGAGGAAGCAGCAGAUAGCGGUUUUGAUGAAGAAAUACGAAUGGAAGACUGAAUUGUUGCUGAAACAGAAAGAUGAAGAAAUCGCGAAAGCGGCGAAUCGGACAACGGAGCUGCACAACUUCAUGAAGAGGAUGGAGAUGGAGAAUCAGACGUGGCAGAGAGCGGCCAAGGAGAACGAGGCCAUGAUCGCGUCGCUCAACAGCUCCAUCCAACGCCUCAGAGAAUCCGCCUAUUUGUCGGAAAAUGCAGCUGAAGAUGCUGAGUCUUGCUGCCAGAAUAUGGAACGAAUCCAACAAAAUACUGAAAUAAACAAGAAAAUGGUGUGCAGAUGCUGCAAUUCACGGAAUUCGUGCGUCGUCAUGCUGCCCUGCCGACACCUCUGUUCCUGCAAAGAUUGUGAGGUUUUUCUUGAUUCAUGCCCUGUUUGUAGUAUGGCAAAGAAAGCAGCCAUAGAGGCACUCAUUUGAUUCUUUUCUUUUUUAUUCAAAGACCAAACGUCUUUUUUUUUUUUUAAUAGUUGAGACUUUGUUCGUUUUUCCCUGAUAGCAAAUUUAUUUCUGGGAUUUCUUGACUGUGAAAUACACAUUUUUUAAAUUA